UACAACAUGUUUGGGUCGGCCUAUAGGCAAGCCGGGACGCUUCGCCAUUGCUUGAGACGUGGAAAUGGGUCCGGCGUUGGAUACCUCACCGCUGCUCCGCGGGACGCUGCGAAGCACCAGGCGGCGCCGACAGCGAGACUUCUCGUUCCGCGGCCGCGCACGCCACCCGUCGCGCACGAGGCGCUGGGUCGGGGAGGCACGAGGCUGCGGCGGAGCCGGCUGUGGCAGCCGCGAUGCAGGCGACGGGAGGUGGCCUGGCUGGGACUCGCUUGAGCAAUGUACAGUCGAUCGCACCAUCUGUCCGCAGGCCCGGUGAGCGCGCGGGUCGGUCGAGCGGCCCAGUGGCGCGGAGCGGCGAGUUGAGGCCGCGCCUGGGGAGAGGCGAGAAGAAGGCGGGCAGGGCGGCCGCGGAAACGGGGGAGCGUGGGAAAGACGAAGUGGGCAAGAGCCGAGUGACGCGAGAGGCGGCCCUGGCCAGAGGUGGCCUCGCCUCCUCCCAGCUCUCCCAGGGCGGCCACGGUGGCCUCCCGAGCUCCCAGCAGGAUCUCCGAGCGCCAGGGGGUCCUCCCGGCUCCUUGGGCCAGGGCCACCUCUGGACCUCCGAGGAGAGGCGGCAGGGAGGAGGAACGCGCCGGAUAUGCUACCAGCCUGCGCUGUCGGGGCAUGCUGCUCCGAGCACGCUGCCCGACUGAGAUGCAGCUGCCGUCAGAGAGAGCAAAUUGCGCUGGCGCUGCCUAUUCCUUAAGAGCUGUAAGGAAAUUGAGGAGGGAAGGAGAAGGAGAGAGACGGGAGGGGGACGCGGACGAGUGACGGGAAGCGAAACAACAGCACGAAACAGGAUGAGGGAGCAGGGACAGGGAACGUGGCGGCGGAGGACCGGCCGAAGCACCACAAACAGCUCCGGGUCCGCGCCCCCGCCCGCGCGCCUGCCCCGCGCGCGCAGCGCCGCACCGCGGCGGCCGCCCGCGGCAUGCGCGCGGGCGUACGACCCCUACUGCUCUGGCGGGUCCUGCCUGGCCCCGCCUCCGAGCUGGCCGCGGCUGGUGGCGCGCCACGAACAUCUGGAGGCUGUGUUCGCGAAUAUGUGGCGCGUAACAGUCGCUGCCCGGGCCAAGCCCCCUGGCCACCUGACGCGCCCCAGUUACCACGGCAGCGAUCGUACGUAGGUGGGUGGCCUGGACCCCCCCCCC